AUGGAUUUGGAAGAUCAGGUUUUCACCUGCUGCAGGCGGCCGCAUACGUCGGUACCUCGCCAGUCACCCAGUCCCCAUUACUGCAUCUGCACAGGCCCCGUGUUGUCUGCUGAUGGGGUAACCCUGUGGCGCCUGAAGAUGGCAGAGGGCAAUUAUGAUGAUGAUUCAGAUAACAAGCGGGAUUUCGGAAGAACAGGUGGUUUUGGAAGAAGAGGUGACAGUGAUGAUUCCGAUAACAGGAGGGACUUUGGACGAUCAGGUGACAGUGGUGGUUUUGGAAACUUUGGGAGAAGGGGUAACAGUGAGGAGUCUGAUGGCACCGGGGACUUUGGAAGAUCAGGUGGUUCCGAGAACCGAAGAGGGUUUGGCCGAAGAGGUGGUUUCAGAGGGAAAAAUGAAGAAGUUGGCUUUGAGUCUGGAAAAGGUCAAGACGACCUUGGUAAUGCAGAUACCGGACCUAAAGUGACGUAUGUUCCCCCUCCACCACCCGAAGGUGAAGACGAUAUCUUCAAGCAUUACCAAACUGGGAUUAACUUUGAUAAAUAUGAUGAAAUCCUGGUUGAUGUUUCUGGAGUCAAUGCGCCGCCUGCAAUACUGUCGUUUGAAGAUGCUGAUCUCAGUGAAACUCUAACCAGAAAUGUUUAUAAGGCGGGUUAUGUGAAGCUGACGCCGAUACAGAAGCACAGUAUUCCUAUUGUAAUGGCAGGUCGUGACUUAAUGGCUUGUGCCCAGACCGGAUCUGGAAAAACGGCUGCUUUUCUGUUGCCUAUCUUGGCUCAUAUGAUGAAAAGUGGAGUUGCAGCGAGUCAGUUUAAAGAUCUUCAGGAACCAGAAGCCAUAAUUGUUGCUCCUACCAGAGAGCUGAUCAAUCAGAUUUACCUAGAUGCUCGGAAAUUUGCAUACGGAACUGUCGUUCGUCCAGUUGUAAUCUAUGGAGGAACACAAACGUCUCAUUCACUGCGCCAGAUAUUUCAAGGCUGCAACAUACUUUGUGCGACACCUGGGAGGUUACUGGACGUUAUUAACAAGGAGAAGAUUGGGUUGAGCCAAGUGAAAUACCUUGUUCUCGAUGAAGCUGAUCGUAUGCUGGACAUGGGUUUUAUGGAAGAUGUAAAAAAAUUGUUGUCAAGUCAAGGAAUGCCAAGAAGAGAAGAAAGGCAAACCUUAAUGUUCAGUGCCACGUUCCCUACAGCCAUACAAAAUCUUGCUAGAGAGAUUUUGAAGCCAGAUUAUCUGUUUGUGGUUGUCGGACAAGUUGGUGGCGCGUGCAGUGAUGUCGAACAGCAGAUAAUUGAAGUGGAAGAGUAUGGAAAGAGGGGUAAACUGCUGGAACUUCUACAACACAUAGGCCAUGAGCGCACAAUGGUUUUUGUGAAAACCAAAAAGAAGGCGGAUUUCCUUGCAACAUUUCUUUGUCAAGAAAAAAUCCCCUGCACAAGCAUUCAUGGGGACAGAGAGCAAAGAGAGCGGGAGAAAGCUCUGGGCGACUUCCGCACUGGACAGUGUCCUGUGAUUGUUGCCACGUCUGUUGCUGCCAGAGGAUUAGAUAUCGAGAACGUCCUUCAUGUGAUAAAUUUUGACAUCCCCGGCGAUGUUGACGAAUAUGUUCACAGGAUCGGCCGAACCGGACGCUGCGGCAACAUUGGAAAAGCCAUUUCUUUUUUUAAUAGGAUUGGUGAUGACGAGCAAAAAAUUGUCCGUGGACUAGUGAAAGUUUUAACCGAUGCUCACCAGGAGGUACCUGCUUGGCUUGAAGAGAUGGCGUUCAGUGCCCAUGGCAUGCCAACCUUUAGUUCACAUCCAAACAAAUUUGCUUCAUUGGAUAGCAGGAAGAGAGGCGACUUCCAGGAGGAAAACGGUUACAGCAAUCCUGGCAUUUCACAACCUGCAGCGCGGGCGGCAGCGGAGGAGGAGGAAGACUGGGGCUAGUCAGACGUGGUUAAGCAGAUGAGACGUCCUUACAGAUUCAGUUUUUCAUGAAACAAUAUGUUGUAUGUUUGUAAAAAUAAGAAUUUUGUUUAUCGCACUCCAGUAUUUAAGGUAGUAAUUUGCCGUUAGGAAAUUUACGUAUUUUGGUUCAUUGUAAAUGGCUGCUCUGAAAACUUUAGAGCAGAAAAUUAAAGUUUUCUUUACUUUG